UUCUAUUUCUGUUCGUGAAAAGGCUUCCCCUGUAAUUACGAGGUGAUUUAACACCCUGCCUGAGCUGCCGUUCACAGCUGCCGGACACAGCACUCAGGCUCUCGGCAGGGACUCCUCAGCCCGGCAGUCACACCUCGGGCAGCCCUCAUCAGUGUCCCUUCGUCACUUCAAGAUGUCCCUGUCGCACACGGCUGCCGAGUACAUGCUCUCUGAUGCUCUGCUCCCGGACCCCAGCAGUUCCCGGGCCAAGGGCUUGCGGCUGGAGCUGCCGAGCGAUCGCCUGCUGAAGUUUGUCACCGUGGGGCUGCCCCUCUUCCUCGUCUCGCUGGCUUUCGCCCGGGAGUUCUCUGCUGGCUCCCAGAUCAGCUGCUUCUCUCCCACCAACUUCACGGGGAAGCAGUCCGCCUACACCGACACGGCUUGCUGGGACUCCCUCAUCCACCAUGGCUUCGACGCCGAGGGACGUGCCAUCACCAAGUCCCUCUGGGCUCUCAAGGCCUUCCCCUACUCGCUGCUGGUGGUGGCGGUGCUGAUGUACCUGCCCUACCUGCUGUGGCGCUACGCUGCUGCCCCCGCCCUGCACUGCGACCUCCUCUUCAUCAUCGACGAGCUGGAUAAAUCCUACAACCGCUCCGUGCGCCUGGUGCAGCACAUGAAGAAGGUGCAGCAGGCCAGUGCUGAGCCAGAGCAAUUCUGGGAGGAGUACGAGAGGGCCCGCCGGGAGAGGUAUUUCCAGUUCCCAUUGCUGGAGCGGUACCUGACCUGCAAGCAGCACGCCCACGCCCUGGUGUUCAUCUACAUCCUGAGGAACCUGCUGCUGCUCCUCUUCUUGGCUGCCACCUGCCUCUACCUGGUCUUUCUCCACCUUAACAUCUUCUUCCAGGAUGAGUUCAGCUGCUCCAUCAAAACGGGGUUGCUCGAGGCAGAGCCGCACAUCCCGUCGCUCAUCCCUUGCAAGCUGGUCUUCUUCUCCGUGUUCCAGCUCAUCAGCCUCUCCGUUGGCAGUGUCUAUGUCCUCCUCAUCCCCGUGGUCAUCUACAACGCCCUGCAGCUCUGCCAGUGGGACAAGGGGCUGCUCUCUGUCUAUGAGAUGCUGCCUGCCUUCGACCUGCUCAGUCGCAGGAUGCUCACCUGCCCCCUCAACGACCUCAACGUCAUCCUCCUCUUCCUGCGUGCCAACAUCUCCGAGCUGACCUCCUUCAGCCGCCUCAACGCCGUCAGCGCCCUGAGGGAAGCCACUGCCAACAAGGAGGACAUCGACACUGUCAUUGACUUCAUGACGCUGCUGGCUGGGCUGGAGACCACCAAGCCCAAACACCAAUCCUGCACCCCCGAGGCCGAAGGCAGCACAGCCCACUCCAAUGGUGCAGCCCUAGAACCAAAGCCUGGAGUGGAAAGGAUGGGAAAAGCCUCACGGGACUCACUCGGCUCUGCCUGACCCAGGAGGAGGCAGCAGGAGGGAUCCUGUCAUCCCAGGAUCCACUUUUCUGACACAGCUCUGCUGCAGCAGCCAGGCUGAACCCACCUGUGCUUCCUGCACCUGGCCUUCCCCUUCUUUUGUACAUUUGUCCAGCCAAAAAGGGUUAAAUAAUCAAUAUUUUGUGCAGAACCUCUUGGGUCUCUUAUUCUAAGUGCUGGGUGCCACGCUGUGCCUCUUCCACACAAAUUUCCCUGCUCUUUUGGCAAGAAGUGGGGCAUGGAGGAUUAGAAAUGCUCAUCUGAAGGAAAAAAAAAGA